GGGGAAAGCGCUCCGGGGGGAAAUGGGGGGCGGCUCCUGCGCCCGGUGAGAGCGGGGAGCGGAGCGGAGCGGAGCGGAGCGGGGGUCUGGGUGUCUGGGGAGCCCUCCUGGGGACAGCUGGCCGCGGGGUGCCGGCCCCCGGCGCAUGGCCGCGGCCUCAGGGGUGCAGUCCCCCAGGCAGCCGUGUCCCUGCCGGCUGGUGACGUCCCUCCAUCCUGGGGCUUGGCAGGAUGGAGGCCAGGGAUGUCCCCGUCCCCAUCCCUGCGCUGGCCACGGAGCUGCCCUUUGCCCAGCGCCUCAGGCAGCAUUUGGAAGAGGAGCAGCUCCUGGACGGGCGCUACCGGCUGCAGGAGGUGCCGGGGGGCCGCGUGGCCCUGCCCGUGCUGGAGGAGAAGCUCUGCCAGCUGCGGCUGCCCCGGGAGAUGCCCUACGAGCUGGUCCGGAUCCAGGACCCCGUCCCCUCCAGGGCAGCCCGCCGGCAGACACCCGCCCAGAAGCUGCGGGACGAGCUGCGGCGGCUGCUGGGUGAGAGCUGGUCGGAGGAGCUGGAGCGUGACGUGCCCCGCGCCUGGCAGCGCCAUGGGGACAUGGUCCUGCUGAGCCAGGACAGCUUCAGGGCCGCGCCGUGGGAGAAGCUGGGUCCGGCACUCUGGGAGACGGUCGCCUCAGCUCUGGGUGCCCGGCGGCUGGCCAGGCGAGGACGGGUGUUGCCAGAUUGGAUGCGGUCCCCCAGUGUCACCCUGCUGCUGGGCCAGGACGGCUGGGUGGAGCACGUGGACAACGGGAUCAGGUACACGUUCGACGUGACCAAGUGCAUGUUCUCACCGGGCAACAUCACGGAGAAGCUGCGGGUGGCCUCACUGCCCUGCUCCGGGGAGGUCCUAGUGGAUCUCUACGCAGGCAUCGGCUAUUUCACACUGCCGUACCUGGUUCACGGGGAGGCCGCCUUCGCCCACGCCUGCGAGUGGAACGGCCACGCCGUGGAGGCCCUGCAGAGGAACCUGGUGCUGAACGGCGUGCAGGACCGCUGCCGUGUCCACCCCGGGGACAGCCGGCAGCUGGAGCUGCGGGACGUAGCGGACCGGGUGAACCUGGGGCUGAUUCCCAGCUCGGAGGAAGGCUGGCCGGUGGCCUGCCGUGUCCUGAAGAAGAGCACGGGUGGGGUUCUCCACAUCCACCACAACGUGGAGACUCCCCCCGCGCCGACCCCGCUCCCGCGGGCUGAGCGGGGCUCUCCAGAGGCAGCCGGCCCUGACGGAGAGGCACAGCACCCCACGGAGGGCAGUGGGAAGGAGACACCGGGGGGCAGGAUCAGACCGGAGUGGCGGAGGUGGGCUGAAGCCACGGCGGCACGGAUCCGGGGGCUGCUGGCAGAGCUGCACGGGCAGCCGUGGCGCACCAGCAUCCUGCACAUCGAGGCAGUGAAGUCCUACGCACCCCACGUGCAUCACCUCGUGCUGGACCUUGAAUGCCGGCCGGCGCUGCCCGCCUAGCUGGCCAUGGGCCCCAGCCCUGCUCCAACUUGCCCGAAAUUCUGGCAUUGGAGCAUCCGUGGCCAGGAGAUGCUACCGCUGCCAGCCUCGGAUGCACUUUAUGUCCCCUCGUUCCCAGCACAGCCCAGCAGUGCCUCCCAGUGCCCAGGGCACUGAGGGAUGCGCUCCCAUGGGAGCGGGAGAUCCCUCCGGGAGCUGCAUCCUGACCGAGGAUGGGGUGAGCUGGAGCUGAGAGCACCACGUGGCGGCACUUGGCGCCCCAUUUUCACACAGGAGAGAGCCACGGGGCUGAAUAAACCUUGGAUUCCUGCCAGGCUUCGUUUCAGCGAGUCAGGGACAGGCUUUGUCCUUAUGUUUACCAGCUUUUUUUACUGGAAACUGGUCUGUUCAUCUUGGUUUCUUCUCAGCUUUUUGCAGAAAUAAUCGUGUUCCCCACCA